AUGGGAGACUAUCUUGUUGCUCGUACCAAUUACGAUCGAGGUCGGGAGUUUUUGGUUCCCGUACUCCGCGAGAAAACUGCUAAUGAGACUGAGCUCGCCAGGAAGUGGCUGGAAGCACGUCUGCCCCCGAUGGUAGCCACAGCGGUGGUUCACUCGACAAUUAUUGGACAGGUUACUGCGCCUCUCACGGUAAGCGGUACUAUGGACAUUUUCCCGGCUGCUGUUGGUGACAGACUGGGGCCCAAGACGGAGCUCAUGCCGGGAGGUUUCGAUGCUGCAGACCCUCCAACAGUGAUUGGAGUGUGUAGCUCGAGCGGUGUUCGAAAAGGCGCUACUAACUGCUCAUCGUGA